UAUUUUAGGUUGCAUUACCAGAGGCAUGGCAUGCAAGUCAUGGGUGGUGAUAGCACCGCUCUACUCAGUGCUGGUGAGGCCUCAGCUGCAGAACUGUGUCCAGUUUUGGUCCCCAAUGUAUAGAAAGGAUGUAGAUAAACUAGCAAGGAUCCAGAGGCGAGCAACAAAGACGAUCAAGGGGAGGGAAUGCAGGCCAUAUGUGCACAGGCUGAAGGAACUGGGUAUGUGUAGUUUGGAAAAGAGGAGAUUAAAGGGGAGUAUGAUAGCGGUCUUCAACUACGUGAAAGGCUGCCAUAAAAAAGAUGGAGAAAAGUUGUUCUCUUUUGCCACAGAGGGCAGGGCAAGAGGCAAAGGUUCAAACUACAGGACAGCAGAUUUAGAUGAAAAACUUCCUAACGAUCUACACGGCAAAGUGUUCGUAUUCCCUAAGGCGACUGCAACUGCCCACGUCAUCCUGAAACCGAGGCUGGACAAGCCGCUGCAGAACCUCAGUGUGUGUCUGAGAUUCGGGUGCGACCUGACCCGGGCCUACAGCCUCUUCUCCUACGCCACCAAGGCCAAGGACAACGACUUCCUCCUCUUCAAACCCAAGCCCGGGGAGCUCAGUCUGUACGUCGGAGGCGAACUGGUUACCUUCAAAGUCCCAGAAGGAAGAGACACAAGCACUGGGUGGGUGCAUGUCUGUGCCAGCUGGGAGUCCGCCACCGGCAUAGCCGAGCUCUGGGUGAACGGGAACCCUUUACCCAGGAAGGGGCUGAAGAAAGGCUACUCUGUCAGCAACCAGGGUGUGCUUGUCCUGGGGCAGGAGCAGGACACCCCGGGGGGUAACUUCGACAUAAAUCAGUCGUUUGUCGGGGAAAUCACAGAUGUGUACAUGUGGGACACUCUGCUCUCCCCGGAUGAAGUUAACCUUGCCAUGAACAAUGGGGUCCUGCCUCACCUCAUCCUUGACUGGAGAACCCUGAGCUACGAGACCAAAGAUUAUGUUGUCAUCAAACCCAGCUUGCUCCCGGUGUACUGAAGGCCCAGUGCAGCUUGGCUAGUGGGGCCGGAAAAUGGGUGGGGGCACAAAGCAAGGAAUUGUCUGUAUCAUUGUGGUAAUGUAAUAGACCUGUUCGGCCUGCAAUGGGAAAGAGGCAGGUGCGCUCCGGAGAUCUGCACAUGGGCCUGGGACGAGGGAGCUCCUCAUGUCUAUCUCCAGCGCUGACCCCAACUCCCACUGGGACCUUGGGGAAUCACAUGGGCCAGAUUUGCAAGGGUGCUCACCCUGUAACAGGGCCAGCCACUUCCGAGCACCCCCUAGUGGCCGGGGUGGAUCUGCAGUGCCCUGUCUCAGUUUCCCCUCUUGGACUCUAAAUAGCUCCUCAAAAGCCUUUCAUGAGGCCAAUUACGAACAGCCCUUUUUGGGGUCUUGUUUAGGGCCAUAAAAUGCCAAAGGAUUCAAAGAGCCCCCCCCCCCAGCUUAGCCUAUGAGCAGACCUCUCUACCUGCCUUGUCCAGCGCCCCAUGGCUCCAAGGGGUCUGCAGGCAAAGCCCUUUGCUGGUCCCCCAGCCUCCCCAUGUCUCUCAGGGUCCCUGCAGCACGCCCUCUGCAGCAUCUUUGUGCCAUUUCCGACUGGGAUCAGCCCUCCUUCCUGAGGGGGCUGUUUGCUGCUGCAGCUUUGCCUGGCUCCCUGCCACUGCCCACAGCCCCUUCGUCUCUAACCCCCUCUAACCAGGUUAGUCACCUGGCUCCUUUCCCCUGGAAAUGGCCGUAUCACAGGCUGUGGCCAUUCCCCUUGAGGG